CAUACAUACAUAUGUAUGUACGUGGGUACAUAACUCGAUACAAUAACAACGAGCGUGCGCCAUUGUGCGAGUGCCUGUGUGAAUAUUCCGUCGGCAAAUCGACUCGCUAAAUCAUUUCGUUCGCUAAGUGUGUGGUGCCUUUGGCAAAUUGUACGUCCGAUGACGUUUUGGUACGACUGGCUAAAAGCGGCAGUGGCUGUACACACAUACGCAUGUAGUACAUCAAUUCUUACAUACAUAAGUACUAUGUACGUGUGCCCGUAGGUCGGUCAAUUUACAUACGAUAAUAAGAAGUGUUAACUAUUGUCUAUUGGCCUCUAACCACCGCCGACGAGUUGAAUCAAAUCCCGGUUUAAGUGGAAUCCAAUAGAACUCGCAUACAAUUUUGGUUGUCAAAGGAACAACAGCAUCAACGCUCAAUCAUUGUGUGGCAUCUCGAAGUACAUACAUAUGUACAUAAAUAUCGAAGAUAAUUUUAAAAUUACAAUAGUGAAACCUGUCUGUGUAAAAAGUGUGAAAAGUGAGUCCAGUGCAGUGUACGGAUUCUUAUUUGAAAUUUGAAAAGUGAAAGUGUUUGAUUGCUGCUCUUUGAGACAUGGAUCACCCAGGCAGCGGGUUCGUCGCUUCGCCAUGGGCAGCCGUCUUGGGCCACCACGCCAUGGCUGCCACCGCCGCCGGAGCAGAUGCUGGGUUUGCGGCAGCAGCGGCAGCUCACGUCCAGAACGUGGCGGCAGCCGCUCAGCACCACCACCACCACCCACACCACCAUCAGAUUGCAGCCGCGGCUCACCACCACUCACACCAUCACCCACAUCAUCACCCCCACUCGCACCACUCCCACCACACACAUCACUCACACCAUCUUAAUCCAACCGGCAUGCCUAUGGAUUUACAUGUACCACAAGGAUUUCCCUAUUACAGAUAUCGCGAAGAUGCGCUAUGCUGGGGUGACAGGAAAUCUAUGGAGGAAAUCGGAGCUGCUCAGUCCUCGGUCAACGCAAGUAUUUUAUUAAAUGUUAUGCUUUCUGAGUGUUUGUAA